GGACCGUCCGAAGGUCCUACUGUUUUCUUACCGAAACAAUAGUUACAAAAUUAAUGUUUCUACUCCGUAUUAUAUAUGGUUGGUUGUUAAAGCCCCUUGUCAUAUUCCACCCUUAUCCUUUCUCUCACUCACUCGCCCCCAAAAAUGAAUCAAUCACACAGAAUGACCAAAGACGAAGAAGGUGAUUCCAUACUCGAUGAAAGAAGUGAGAAUUUACAGGAGAUGACACUACAUUUAGCUUCUAAACAUGGGCAUGCCAAUAUUGUUCAUCAAAUAGAGGAGUUGGGGCCGAGCUUGGUUAAAGCAAUUAACGAACUGAAAGAAACUCCGCUAGUCGAUGGUUGUCGAGGCGGAAACCAAGAGGUGUUGGAGACAUUAUUGGAGGCUAAACCUUGGGUAUUUCAUGACUCUAACUGUAAAAGUGCUGUGAUGUUGGCUUGUGAACAUGGACAUAGUCACCUGAUGAGGCGUUUGAUGUCAGAGAUAGAUAGUACUGAAACUGAUUUUUUCUCUCAUUCGUCAAAUUUUGCUGCUGAUUUUUCCUGUCUACGUAUUAUUGUCUCUCGUGGCGGCGCGUAUAGAGAAUUUAUCAGGGAGCUAAUAGAAGCGUGUCCAAUUAUCAUGGAAAGGUCAGAUGAAGAUGGACUUAACUUACUGCACUAUGCUUGUGGAUAUGGUGAAACUGACAUCGCAAAAAUGUUGCUCCGAUUGAAUCCUAACCUUGCCCAAUCUUGUGACAAUCAUGGCUUUGCUCCUCUGCAUCACGCAGUAAUGCGAAAUAAAAUAGCUAUCUUUAAAGAAUUUGAGGAAUUUGCUCCUUCUGCAUUUAAGCUCUUGACCCAGUAUAAGCAAGAAACCGUGUUUCAUCUUGCAGUUAACAACCAUCUUUUUGAUGCUCUUAUAAGCUUGAUCCAAGUUAUUGGUGACAACAAUGAUCUCUUCCAUCUCUUCCAUAAAGGAGGCCAAGAAGGAAAUCAUGUCUUGCAUCUUGCUAUCUAUCAUACAUCAGUUAAGAUUGCAGAGUAUCUGAUCAACAAAGCAACAAAGAAACUACUAAAAACCAAAAAUAAGGCAGGGCUUACUGCUCUUGACCUUCUUGAGAAGUAUAGACCAGACGAUGUUGUCGCCCAGUAUCUCAAGGAACUCUUGUUAGAAAAGCAUCAUAAAGUUUAUUUCAACUCAAAACCAAAAUCCGUUGAUAAAUUAAGCCAGGAAGAUGAAGUGACCAUUGAGCACAAAACAGACAAAAUUCUAUCAAGAAAUUCUUCGUCAACUUCAUUGAAUUCACGUACUGAUGGUACUGCAUAUCAGGGUCGUAAAGCAAAUGCAUCUUAUCAAAAGCCCUUAUAUAAAGCUGUGAAAAAAAUUCUUGCGACUUUAAAAACAGAAAAGGGUGUUCGUAAGGAUAGACAGAAGAAAAGGAUGUAUGAAAUGCACAUAGAAGGGCUUCAAAAUGCAAGGAAUACGAUCAACAUAAUCGCAAUCUUAAUCGCUACGGUAACAUUCACAGGAUGCCUGAGCCCUCCCGGGGGCUUUUUUCAAGAAGGAGCUAACAAAGGAAAGCCAGUGUUGUCGCAAACAACAGCAUUUAAGGUGUUUGUGUUCAGCAACGAUGUAGCCCUCUUCUUGUCUCUUGGCAUCGUUGUCAUUCUUGUCAGCAUCAUUCCUUUUCGUACCACACCGAUGCGAAGGGUGUUGACUCUAACACAUAAGCUCUUAUGGCUUGCAGUAUUCUUCCUAGCCAUAGCUUACAUUGCAGCAAGGUGGGCUACAACCCUACAAGUCCAACACCUAAAAAAGACAUCCGGAAUUGUGUUGUCUAUCUGUGGCGGGUUCUUAUGCAUAAUCUUUGUUGGAUUGAGUAUUAUGCUACUCAAUGACAAGAGGAAGACAUCUAAGUUGAGAAAGAAAAAAAAAUUAACAGUGGGGACCUUUUCAUCAUUUGAAACUAAUGUGCUAAGUGAAGUUCCAUCUGGGUAUAUCACCUAUUAAGGCUACAAAGCGUGAGACUUGUAAUAAAUACUUAAGGCCCUAUUUGGUGAUUAGAAGUGAGUUGAUUGAUGAUAGCCAAUUGUGUUAGCUGUUUUGCCUAUCUAUUAGCGAUUAACAUACCCAGGCCUUGGUAAACUCUUCUCGGUCACUUUAUGUUGUGUGUGAGUGAUGUUCCUAAUUGUUUUUA